AUGCCCUCACUUAUCACCACCCGAAUCCUCGUUGCCAGCUGUUUGUGGUCCAGCUUGACCUUGGCCUUGGCCCUACCGAACCGUUCUCCUCAAACAGACAUCUUGAGCACAAGGUCCAAACCGCCCUCGCUUCAAUCAUCAUGGAACAUUAUGGGCGCUCUCUUCCCCUGCGUUUUAAUCAUCAUUGCCGUCUACUUCCUUGCCGAACGCUGCUACGUACGGGUAAAUCGUGGUUUUGACCAAGUCGAAGCUCCCCAAUGGACCUCGGCAAACUUGGGUGAAGACGGCCCUGACUACCAAGUCAUGUGGUUAUCAAAUUUCCUGGGUGUGAUGGUGACCCGUGAUAGGGAGAUUGUCGGUAUGGCUCGUCGGCAACUCCCCGAAGAACAAAGUUCGUCAGGGACAAGCGUCACCUCCACCUCGUCAGCUUCAUCAAAUGCGGUACCAGUACCCCCAACGGUGUAUGCCUGGUGA